GGCAUUAUCUUUUCCUCUGACUUGGGAGAGUUCUGAGUUAGCACCCCACUAUACAGAAGGAAGAAGACAAGACUAUCACCACUUAAAGAGAACUGAAGGAACUCUCCCAGUCACCACCACAAACAUCUACAUUCUGCCCACUCUCUCGAUUGCUUUCUGACAGAGGAGAGGAGUCAGAAAUCCUGCAGCUCCUAGAUUGUCAUAAGAACCAACUUGCACUCUUAACAAAAUGGUUGAUCACCUCCUGGGAACAUGGAAAUCAACUUCUUGUGAAAAUUUUGAUGAAUAUAUGAAACAACUGGGAGUGGGAUUAGCUAGCAGGAAGCUGAGCAGUUUGGCCAAACCUGUUAUGACCAUCAGUGCAGAAGGGGAUUUGAUUACCAUCAAGACCAAAAGCAUCUUUAAAAAUAAUGAAAUCUCUUUUAAGCUGGGAGAAGCGUUUGAAGAAACCACACCAGAUGACCGAAAAACCAAGAGUAUUGUAACCUUGGACAGUGGCUCUUUGACUCAUGUGCAGAAUUGGGAUGGCAAAGAGAAUACCAUAAAAAGAAAGCUGGUGGAUGGGAAAAUGGUGGUAGAAAGUGCCAUGAAUGACGUUACCUGCACUCGAAUAUAUGAGAAAGUGUGAAGAAACUCACUCUCAAGCCAAACACAACCAUGAAACAAUGACAUCCACACUUCUGGGGGCAUUUCAAUAAAACUACAAAGCAAAAUGUCAUGACAAUGAAUGUCACUUCAACUCUGAACAAAGCUUAACAACUUUGGUUACCAUGUCAGAUUUCCCUAGAGUCAAGGUAGUAUUUUGAAUGGUUAUAAAUAAAGCAGAAGCCUGGUUGCUAUAACCUCCUUUAACUCAGGACAGAUGAAAAAAACACUAUCCUAGAGUAAUUUCAAUUUUGAUCAGUCUGACCUUUGGGGGAAAGCAUCAGAAUAUUUCUUGUCAGCCAAGAAAAUUCAAUAUAAUCUGUGGCAGAAUGGAAGUAAAGCCAAUUUCUUUUUAAACAAGUGGAGACAGUCUUGUAAGAGAAUGUGCUAGAGAAACAUGAGGGGAAGUAAGGAAGAUUUUCAAAAUUAUAUCUAUGAACUGAUAGGUAUAUAUGAUCCAAGAACGUUUUGAGGAAAAAGAAACCCAUAACCACUAAUAAUAAAAAAUAACAAAGGAGGAGAAAACUUUGGUUCUUAUAAUAUUCUUUAAAAAAAAAUAGAAUUUUAUAUGCAGAAAUAGCUUUCAAGAUUAACUAGGUCAAACUCUUCAUUUUAUAAUUAAGUAGCAUUUGUAAAAUGCUGGAAUAGAAUUAAUAUAGUGGUAGUAUAAAAUCUGUAGUAGUCUUGGUUGGUUACACAUAUUACAUUGGCUCUUGACUAAAGGGUAGAUUUAUGAUCUAGGGCCUGCAUUCAUAAUAACUGGGCUCUUAGAGGGGUAGUCAUGAAAUGGCUCAUGCUUAUGCUCCCAGUUAGAGAGCAGGCUUUCUAACAAUGAGCAGACUGGAGGUUAAGCUCCCAGCCAGGAGCUAAGAAAGUUCUUCCUCUUCUGUACGGCUCCCAAUGAGCCUUCAUGCCACAAACAAAUGACAAUGGAUCACCCAGCAACACAGGUACUUAUGAGAAAUAAUAUUAAAUCUGGCAAAUGUAUUCCUAAACAGAAUAAAAUCUUU